ACAACAAAUGUAUGUUCAUCCUUCUCAAAAGAGUUUGAGGGUUUUUUCUUAAUAAACUAUUUUGGACAAAAUACAUACUCAAGAUCUUUUUUUCAGUUGAUUGAUGACCCUAUAUCAAAGUAGAUGAAGGGAGUUACUGCUUUGCACUGGUUCCUGCUGAGAUAAACUACAUUUUCAGUAAAAGCAGUCAUGCCUGGUGAGUGGAGGGUGCUCAGGCUCCGGGAGAACAAGAACCUGAGUCUGCAGGUGGAUGUGGCCAAAACUCUGCAGCUCCUGCUCUGCCAGCCUGAGGGGCUGGAGCGUGGCCAGGGCAGGGAACGGGGCUGGGAAGGGGCUGGGGAAUUCCUGAGGGAGCUGGGAAGGGGCUGGGGAAUUCCUGAGGGAGCUGGGAAGGGGCUGGAGAGUUCCUGAGGGAGCUGGGAAGGGGCUCAGCCUGGAGCAAAGGAGGCUCAGGGGGGACCUUGUGGCUCUGCACAGCUCCUGCCAGGAGGGGACAGCCGGGGGGUCGGGCUGGGAACAGGGAACAGGGACAGGAGGAGAGGAAUCUCAGGAUCACUGAGGCUGGAAAAUCCCUCCAAGCUGUGCCCGAUCCCCCCUUGUCCCCAGCCCAGAGCUCUGAGUGCCUUCCUUGGACACCUCCGGGGAUGGGGUCUCCACCACCUCCCUGGGCAGCCCCUUCCAGUGCCCGUUCCACCCCUUUCCAUGAAGAAAUCUCUGAGGAAAUGGCCUCAGGUUGUGACAGGGGAGGUUUAUAUUGGAUGUUGGGGAAAAUUCAUUCACAGGAAGGGCUGUGCAGCCCGGGCACAGCUGCAGUGGUGGAAACCCCAUCCCUGGAGGGAUUUCAAAGCCUUGUGGAUGUGGCACUUGGGGACGUGGCUCUGCUGUGGCCUUGGCAGUGUUGGGGAACAUUGGACUCGUUUGUCUUAGUGUGCUUUUCCCACGUAAGUAUUCCAUGAAUCGCUGAGGGUGUGACGGCAGCAGGAGUCACGGCAGCAUUGUCCCACCUGUGCCCUGUCCUUGUCCCUGCCACGGGCACUGUGUGAUGGAGCGCGGCCUGCGCUGGCUCCACCGGCUCUGGAUCCCACAGCACGGCCAGGGAACGUGGCCCUGGCAGCCUGUUUGUCCCUUGUCCCCCGGCCGGGUGGCCGGAGCAGUGGCCAGCCCUGCGGCCACGCUGUGGGUCAGCGGCCAGUCCUGAGGCCACGCUCCAGCUGCCGGCCCGGGCACGGAGGUGGCAGCUCCGGCUCUGUCACCCGGUGUCGUGUCCCCGCCACGAGCCGACAGUGACAUCUAGUGACACCAAAUGACUCCCCAAAGCCCCGAAUAAGGAAUCGUCCCGAACUCCGCACCCUGCUCCUGUUACACUCCCGCCGCCUGGCCAGCGACGAGCCGGGCUGAGCCGCAGCGCUGUGAAUUAGUAAAUACAACCAAACACCCAUGUCUGUGGGCUUUAAGGCUUUGCGGACCCCCGAGCAGGAGGUGGCGAGGGCAGAGUGGCCAGAGCAGCGUGUUUUGAAGGCUUUUCUGGGGGAAGUCGGGCCGGUUUUGGGUGCGCAGGGCAGUGGCCGACGCCUCCACUCUCCACGAGGGGCGACCUCAAGUGAGGGGGGAACUUGUGCUCCUGCCUGACAGGGCUGUGACGGCUAUUCCUCUCCCAUUAAACAACGAUAACUGACUGGGGAGAGGCAGCAAACUCGUGUACGAUUUGGGGUGGCAGCGGCAGCGCCCCGGCCCCGUUUUGGGGUGUUUUGGCGGUGUUUUUGGGGCGGUUUGGCGGUGUUUUGGCGGUGUUUUGGCGCUGUUUUCAGACGCUGCCCAGGGGCUGUGGAAGGGGGGCCAACAUGGCCGCCGGCCCCCGCGCGCCCCGCGGCUGAGGGGGGCGAUGGCGAGCGCGGGCCCCUGAGGGGCGCAGGGGGCGGGGGCGGAGGAGGAGGAAGAGGAGGAGGAGGAGGAGGAAGAGGAAGAGGCGCUGCCCGGCGGGUCAGGGCGGGGAAGUCGCCGCCCGAAGAUGGCGGCCGCGGCGGGGCCACACGCCGGGGCUGCGGCGGAGGCGCGGUUCAUCAGCAGCGCCAAGGGAAAGGGCUUGUUCGCCACCAGAAACAUCCGCAAAGGGGAAACAGUCUUCGUGGAGAGGCCGGUGGUGUCAUCCCAGUUCCUCUGGAAUGCCCUGUACAACUACCGAGCCUGUGAUCACUGCCUGCGGGCGCUGGAGACGGCGGAGGAGAACGCCCAGCGCCUGCUGGGGAAGAGCUCCCUGGUGCUGCCUCACCCGGAGCAGUGCAGCACCCGGAAAGACCUGCACCAGCAGUGUCCCCGCUGCCAGGUGACGUACUGCAGUGCAGAAUGCAGGCAGGCGGCGCUGGAGCAGUACCACCAGGUCCUCUGCCUCGGCCCGUCCCGGGACGACCCCACGCACCCCCUCAACAAGCUGCAGGAGGCGUGGAGAAACAUGCAUUACCCUCCAGAGACUUCCAGCAUCAUGCUGAUGGCCAGGAUGGUUGCCACCAUCAAACAGGCUAAAGACAAGGAGUGGUGGAUCAAGGCCUUCUCCCAGUUCUGCAACAAGACAGCAAAUGAAGAAGAGGAGAUUGUGCACAAGCUGCUGGGGGACAAAUUUAAGGGCCAGCUGGAGCUGCUGCGGUUGCUCUUCACCGAAGCCCUUUAUGAUGAAUAUCUCAGCAGGUGGUUCACUCCAGAAGGCUUUCGAUCCCUCUUUGCCCUCGUCGGGACCAAUGGCCAAGGCAUAGGAACCAGCUCCCUGAGCCAGUGGGUGCACGCGUGCGACGCGCUGGAUCUGCCCAUGCUGCAGCGGGAGGAGCUGGACGCCUUCAUCGACCAGCUCUACAAGGACAUUGAGAAGGAGUCAGGAGAGUUCCUCAACUGUGAGGGAUCAGGGCUCUACGUGCUGCAGAGCUGCUGUAACCACAGCUGCAUCCCCAAUGCUGAGACAUCCUUCCCAGAAAACAACUUCCUCCUGCAUCUCACUGCUCUGGAGGACAUCGAAGCAGGAGAGGAAAUCUGCAUCAGUUACUUAGAUUGCUGUCAGAGGGAGCGCAGCAGACACAGCCGCAACAAGAUACUCAGCAGUGUGGGACUGUACCUGUCUCCACACCAUCCCUCUGUCUCCUGCCUGCCCACCUGCCAGGGAGAACUACUUGUUUACCUGCUCGUGUCCCAAGUGCCUCGCGCAAGCCGACGACGCCGACGUGACGUCGGACGAAGAGGAGGAGGGCGAAGGAGAGACGGACGAUGCAGAGCUGGAGGAUGAGAUGACUGAUGUGUGAUCCUGGCCCCGGGCGAGAGGAGAGGGAUGGGAUGGGAUGGGAAGGGCCUGGAGGCUCCUCCAAGAGGCAGCAGCUUUAAUUUAGAACAGGGUUGUGUUGUGGGGUCGGAGCGGGGCAGCCGGGAGCCGGAGGCAGGCCCUGCUCCCGCCUGUCCGUGUUGUCCCUGUGCGUGUGUGUGUGUGUGUCAGGCUGUCCCUGUCCUCCCUGUGAGGACAAGCUGUGAGCCAGUGGCCCUUCAGCAGAUCCCAGUUCCCAGUAGGGCUGGCUGGUGCACGCAGGGGAGGCUGGAGGAGAGUGGGAUCCAGCCAGCCCCUGGGACACCACGCUGGUCACCUGUGAGGUCGCUCUGCCGUGUCUGUGCAGGCUGUGGAUGUGGAGGAGCUUGUCCUUCCCACCCUGCAGGGACGAGGGAAAUGUGUGUGUGUGUGUGUGUGUGUGUGUGUCCGUGUGUCUGUGCACGAGGGUACUAUUUAAUGUCUAUAUUAGCACUAUCUACACACUAUGGAGCUGGGGCCCUCAUAUAUCCUCCAUUCCAUGCCUUGGCCAGCAGUGAGGGGCAGGGGGAUCUUGCAGGGGAUGCCUUGGAGAGUGGCCCAGAGCUCGAGUCCAGCAGGGAGAGCAGAGCUGACCCUGCAGACACCUCCUGCCCAGCUUGGCCCACCCUUCCCAUGACAGAGCCCUUGGCAGUGACUGCAGGACCGUGUGGGGCUGGAGAAUGGCCAGGAGCUGACGUGGGCUGGGGUGUCAUCCCAAACCCAGAAGGCAUUUUGGGUUUUGUAGGGAGGGAGUUUCCCUCCCUCCAGCUGGCCGUGGGACGAGGCUGUGCCUGGGGAUGCAGCAUGUGCUGGGUGCUUCCCUGCACCCAGUGCUCCCACACGGAGAUGUGCCAGUGCUGAGUGGCCCCACUGGAUGUCCCCUUGUCAUCCAUCCCACGCUGCCACCCUCCAGGCCACGCCACGCAGUGCUGUCCCUGUGUGCAGACCAUGUGGCUGGAGGGACAGCGGCUCCAAGUGACAGGCAGCAGGUCAGGGAUGCACCUGGGGUUAUUUCCUUCCCCCAUGGAUUCUGGGGAGCUGUUUUCCUGCUGCCGUGUCCGUGGCAGCUGGAUUGUGGGACCGAGGGUGGCACACCUGUGGCACUGCCAUCACCACCAGCCCUGCCUCCUGCUGCUUGUCCCCAGCCAUCCCAGGGCCACAUCCCCUUCAGUGUUCCUAAUAAACCGAGACUGGUGACAGCUGAGGACCUGUGCUUUGUAUUGCUGAGUGCAGAGAGGGCUGUGACCCAGGGGCUGCUCCUGUGGGGACACAGGGCUGGGGGAACAGACACCUGUGCAAGCGUGGGCUCUGGAUUUGUGACCAGCCCACCCUUGGGGACAGCUGCUGGAGGCUGUGCUGUCCCAUGAGGCUCUGAGCCCUGCCCCAGCUGCAGGAGGUACUUGGAGAAUUUUACUAGGAAAAAAAAUUGAGGAUGAGAUUUAUCCCUUCAUCCACUGACUGCUGGAAAUAAAAGAGGAACUUCCCUUUUUCUAAAACUUA